UUGGAAUAACCUUGGUGCAGAUGGAGCUAAGAACAUUGGAUUGAGCUUGGAGAAGUGCCAAAAUAUAACAUCUUUGAAUCUCAAUCUAGAGAGGAAUGAGCUUGGUGCAGAUGGAGCUAAGAACAUUGGAAUGAGAUUGGAGAAGUGUCAAAAUAUAACAUCUUUGAAUCUCAAUCUAUAGAAGAAUAACCUUGGUGUAUAUGGAGCUAAGAACAUUGGAAUGAGCUUGGAGAAGUGCCAAAAUAUAACAUCUUUGAAUCUCAAUCUAGAUUGGAAUGAGCUUGGUGUAGAUGGAGCUAAUAACAUUGGAAUGAGCUUGGAGAAGUGCCAAAAUAUAACAUCUUUGAAUCUCAAUCUAUAGGAGAAUAACCUUGGUGCAGAUGGAGCUAAGAACAUUGGAAUGAGAUUGGAGAAGUGCCAAAAUAUAACAUCUUUGAAUCUCAAUCUAGAGUAAAGAGAAUUUACAAUCGGAGCAUUUUUAGAUCAGUAGGCAAAAAAAAUGAGCCAUUACAUUUUGUAUUUAAAAAAAUCAUUAAUAUUUAAAUAAGAUUGAAAUAUUUAUUAUCAUAAAUAGUUGUGUAUCUUAAUAUAAAAUUUUUAUGGCGGUAAAUUAG